AUGUCGACCAAGAUUCCGAGUGGUCUUGGUUGGGUAGAUCCUGUUCCUUUAAGAGUCCCUUCCGUGCCGGGGUCGGGCGGAGGGAAGGUGUCUUGGGUUUCUUUUAGGGCUAACCAGGGGAGGAAGUUCUGUAGCCUGUAUGAUGAGUCUUUUCACGAUUUUAAGAACUUUUAUUUCAAGGUCCGGGCUGUUGGAGACGUCCGACCUUUCUUUCUAGAUGAGAGUGGGGAGCCUUCUUUUCCUCUUUGUUGGCAGGAGAAUAUAGUGUCUGCUAAGUAUACUUUUGAGAGUUUAGAUGAGGUGGAGCAGGCCUUUGUGGGUGUGGUGAGCAGUUUAUGGGAUCGGGCACCUCACUUGGACACGAAGAAAAUGUUGGGAGAUCCAAGCCUUCUCCGUUCCGAGUUAGAGAUGUCUUCUCAGGCGGAUUCUAUGAAGUUUCUUCGUCGGACGAAGAAGUCGGUGGCUGCUCGAAAUCUCGAGGCCGGGGAUGCUUCUGCCCGAUCUUCUCCGCAGAAGACUACUAUAGGUGUUCAGACUCGGUUGAAGACUAUUCCGACUCCCCAGUUCCGAGCUUUAAGUCAGGAUCCUCCGACCUCUGGGCCUGCUACCUCUUCUCCUCCUCCAUUCUCGGGUCCUCCUCCCAAGAAGCAGAAGACCUCUCAAGAGCUUGCCGGUUUCAAUGAUAAGGACUUUGACGCUCUUGGUGUGUUCCCAAUCUGGACUUUUUCGGUUUCUCCCUCUGGUUGUGGCCGAAGAUCUUCUCGGGAUUGA